GCCCAGUUCCUCUUCCUCCUUCCCUGACUAGGUAGGCUUCUCCCUUCCCCUCAUUAGGAAGCAGUUGUUUUUGCUCAGGUUGGUGGCGUGUGGCCAUGGACACAUUGAGCGCCUGCAUCUUUCAUCUCCCGGGUCGGUGUGAGCUGGUGCUGUAAUUUCACUCCAGGAAGCUGCACGGCAGUUCUCAAGUGAAGAGGAAAAGCCAAAGAAAUGUGAUUGAGCGCGGCAGCCCUCCGUGUUCGCUAAAAUGCUAAACGAGGGGCCCGUGGUUCUCAGAGCGUAUUCCACGAGAAAAGCUGAGAGCUCAAGCGCUUGGGCUGGCUGAUUGCCAGAGCACUCAGGCCAGCAAUUGAGGGACUGAAAUAUAAUCGGUGGCGAUACAUUUGCACCACCUGAGACCUGCUCUGCCUCGGAAGGCUCUGGUAGCCCUGGGAAGCACCAGCUGGGGCAGCUAGCGUCUGCAAGGCGGGAGGAUCUCCGUCGCAAUGUCACAGCAGAAGUGCAUCGUGAUCUUCGCUCUGGUCUGCUGCUUUGCGGUUCUGGUGGCGCUGAUAUUUUCAGCUGUGGACAUCAUGGGAGAGGAUGAGGACGGACUCUCAGAGAAAAAUUGCCAAAAUAAAUGUCGGUAAGAGAAUCGCUCUUGUGGAAAACAUUCCUGAAGGCCUUAACUACUCUGAAGAUGCCCCGUUUCACUUACCGCUUUUCCAGGGCUGGAUGAACUUACUCAACAUGGCCAAAAAGUCUGUUGACAUAGUGUCUUCCCACUGGGACCUAAACCACACGCACCCAUCGGCAUGUCAGGGACAACGUCUCUUUGAGAAAUUGCUCCAACUGACAUCGCAAAAUAUCGAAAUCAAGCUGGUGAGCGAUGUGACUGCUGAUUCAAAGGUAUUAGAAGCCUUGAAGUUAAAGGGAGCGGAGGUGACAUACAUGAACAUGACCGCCUACAACAAGGGUCGGCUGCAGUCAUCCUUCUGGAUUGUGGACAAACAGCAUGUGUACAUCGGCAGCGCGGGCUUAGACUGGCGAUCCCUCGGACAGAUGAAAGAACUCGGCGUCAUCUUCUACAACUGCAGCUGCCUGGUCCUAGACCUACAAAGGAUAUUCGCUUUGUACAGCUCACUCAAGUUCAAGAGCAGAGUACCUCAGACCUGGUCCAAGAGACUCUACGGAGUCUAUGACAAUGAGAAGAAGCUCCAGCUCCAGCUGAACGAAACCAAGUCACAGGCCUUUGUGUCGAACUCUCCCAAACUCUUUUGCCCUAAGAACAGAAGCUUUGACAUCGACGCCAUCUACAGCGUGAUUGAUGACGCCAAACAGUAUGUGUACAUUGCUGUCACGGACUACCUGCCCAUCUCCAGUACGAGCACGAAAAGGACAUACUGGCCGGAUUUGGAUGGGAAAAUAAGAGAAGCCUUGGUUUUACGAAGCGUUAAGGUCCGGCUGCUCAUAAGCUUCUGGAAGGAGACUGAUCCCCUCACGUUUAACUUCAUCUCGUCUCUUAAAGCUAUUUGCACUGAAAUAGCCAACUGCAGUUUGAAAGUUAAAUUUUUUGAUCUGGAAAGAGAGAAUGCUUGUGCCACAAAAGAACAAAAGAACCAGACCUUUCCCAAAUUAAACCGCAACAAGUACAUGGUGACAGAUGGAGCCGCUUACAUCGGAAAUUUUGACUGGGUAGGGAAUGACUUUACCCAGAAUGCCGGCACAGGCCUUGUCAUCAACCAGGCAGAUGUGAAAGACAACAGGAGCAUCAUUAAGCAGCUUAAAGACGUGUUUGAGAGGGACUGGUAUUCGCCUUAUGCCAAAUCCAUACAGCCAACCAAACAACCGAACUGUUCAAGCCUAUCCAAACUCAAGCCUCCCUCCAACCAACCUGCCACUUACAAUGCCACCGGGAGGGAGCUCCUGAAUGGAAAGCUCACUGACAGACAAGCAGGGCUUCAGACCUAACACAGGAAAGACUAGAGGAAAGACAGCGAUUUACUACGUCUUUUUUUUUAAGGGGAAAUAAAAAGCACACUUAUUAAAAAUGUUCUCUGAAUGACAUGUAAUAUCUAGCUAACAACAUCUUAGCACCAUAUAUUCAAUUUAAGACUUUUGUAUCUAUGAGCUCUGACAGAGAAUGUCACUCCGGUGUAGAAGUUAGUUUUUAACCUCUGCAAACAGAUUUUACGACUCGGUUCUCCCGUUUCUUACUGGUUUUAGAACCUUUCCUGCUGGUCCACCUGCACUGGUUUUAAGAAGCCUAGCAUGAGGCGAGCCCUUUCCUUUAAUAGUGCUGAAUUCCAGACUUAGAGGAAGGGGGUUGGGGGCGGAGACAGAGACAGAACCAAGCAUCUGCCCUGAUAAAUCCUCUCCAAGACCUAUCCAGGCAGCUGAGCACAGGUGCCUCCAUCUCAUGUCAGCCUUCAAGACUCUUCAGAAACAGCCAUUGUUGUCUCCUUGUUCCUUGUCUUCUGAUACCAGAGGGGUUUUUGUUUUGUUUUGUUUGUUGUUUUGUUUUUUGUUUGGUUGGUUGGUUUUUUUUUUUUUUUUUUUGUAUCAGCCUGUCUUCUCAUGAACUGUUCAUGUUCUACAUAGUCCCUGGACUCACCUCAGCCCUAGGUCAAAGUGUGAGAAUAUCUUUGGGAAAGGUAUGAAUUCCCCAGAAUGUAAACAAAAUGGAAAUAGCAGGCUUUCAUUCUCACCUCUCAACUACAAUUUUUUCCCAUCCCAAACUGGUUAUUUUUAAAAAUCACAGUCAGUUCUCUGUCUCUGUCUCUAUCUCUCUGUCUCUCUGUGUCUCUGUCCUUUUCUCUGUCUCUCUGUCUCUCCCUUUCUCUCUGCUGUAUAUGUUUUUUUUUCCUGAAGCUCAGAAAAAUGAAGUGCCCCUGCUAAUAUCCAGCAAACCAUUAAGUCUGCAUUUGGAGAACAAAGCGGUUUCACAUUGUGCUUGGUUAACAGUAUUUUAAAGGAAAGGUCUCUAUGCGUUGGUGGAUUUUAAUUUAUUUAGAAUUAUUAUGCUGUUAAGAGUAUGCCAGCAAAUGUUUAUAACAGAGCUAUUUAAUAUACUUUCUGCUAUUUAAUAUACCAAAUGCUUUUCAGACAAAUGCAAUUUAAAUACUGUGCUUAACAUAUUUUACUAAGAAACAGAAAUACUGGAUCACUGUUCUAUAAUGUCAUUGUGUGUUGUUUUCUACCUAUACAAUAUAUAAUCCUGUAUUAAUGGAGACUGUUGCUACAUGAGAGAGGUGUGACCUCUUCAGAGCCCAGAGCGAGUGGCCAAGAUGCCCAUGCUCAGUUUGGCUCCUGACACCAUGCUCAGAGCGGAGUCCUUCACUCUUUGGCCUCGGGUUUCUAUUGUUGACGUAGGGACAAUAAUACUCACCUACCUCGCAAGGAUGCUGUCAUGGUAGGCGAUGUUUAUAAGUUGUUUUUGAAAUCAAAAGAACUAUAUAAAUGCUAAGCAUUACACUGCAUAAUCUUUUUCUUGAAGUAAUCUCUGUGGUAUCCUGAUAGAAUCUAUACAAGGUAUUCCCCCAAGAAUCUGAGGGGAAAAUAAAGCACCUUCUAUUUACAAACACAUAUGAAAUGAAUGGGGAUGAAAGGGGGAAAAGGUUGGUCCUAGUGACAAUUUGAAUGUAGGUAUUUGAAUGGAACAUUCUGCCCAGUCACCAUGACAUAAAUAAUAACACACAACUAGAUGCUGUGCUGAAAAUGGACCUUUAGGACCAGAGUGUUCAUGUGUUUUGAGAAUGAGGAUGAGCGAUCUCAUUUAUUUACUCUUAUCUCUAGAGACUUAGUUUUAAUUAUGCCAAAAAGGGUUCCUUAUUCACAGGUUCACUGAACAGAGUGGCUGCUCCCAAUCCUACUGAUUCCUCCAGUUUCUUUUCUGACAUUUUCUCCUCUUACCUCACUGGGUGUCUAACCAAGUCAAGAGGGCUGAGAGAGUUAUCUAGGCAUGAUGUGCAUGCCUUUAUUACCAGCUCUCAGGGGAAUAGGCAAGAAGAUCUUUGUGUUUUGGAGGCCACAUAGAGAGUUCCAGAAUAGCCAGGGCUACAUAAAGAGACACUCUCAAACAAAGAACAGAACAGAAAAGAAAGGGAUAGAAAAGAAAAAGAAAGGAAAGGAAAGGAAAGGAAAGGAAAGGAAAGGAAAGGAAAGGAAAGGAAAGGAAAGGAAAGGAAAGGAAAGGAAAGGAAAGGAAAGGAAAGGAAAGGAAAGGAAAGCCAGAGAUAAAGAGACAGAGCAUGCCAGGAGAAAGCUGUGAUUUAAGAGUAUCAGGAUGUAUAGACCGGUUUGAAGACUUUCAAUGAUACUUUUUGUUGAUAAUGUCCAGCCCAUAAGAUUCUAAGUAUUUACCAUAUACUCCAUCCUAGAAUUGGGUGUCAUCCUGGCAGUUGUCCAAAAGUAGCUUUAGGGAUAAUUUUUAAAGGAAGAAAGGCAAUGAGAAGAGCUGCAGACAAACUACCCUCUUUACUCUUGAACAGACAAAGGGAACCUGGGUUGAAAAAGGGAAUACAAGGGAAACGUAAAAAGUUGCCCUCCUUUUUGGCUUUGUCAUUUCCCAGAUGGCUUGCCAACAGUCUCAUGAGACAAACGUAGGUUUGGUGGUAUGGGUCCUUUCCCCGUUACUGCCUUUGGUAUUGCGUAAUAGGAAAACAGAACAUUUUCAUUGAUGAAAUGGCCAUCACUGUCACUUAUUCCCAAACCCACCAGCAUAGCAGCUCUGGGCAUGAUGUCACAGGUUUUCAGCCACACGCCAGCAUCAGCGGAACCCUCCUUGGCCUGGUAACCAUGACUGUGCUCCCACAGCUAAGCACCUCACCCCAGCAUGCCACACCAUCCCUUGGCAGAGUUCCCUGUGUCAUCUGUCUCCUGAGAGAGCAUCCAAUUCAGGAGACUCUUCUCUCUCAUCUGGACACUCUCCUAUAGGAGAGAACCUUUUUCUUUUAGACUUUGAGUCUGUGCUGGAUAGAUAACUAACUUCCACCCUUCCCCUUCCAAGUAGCUUAAGAUGUAUUUAUUAAGACGGAAAGAACACAAGACAAAAACACUCUGAGACUACUCAUAAUAUGGGGAUCUAAACCCUUUGGAAAAUAUGAAUAAGGGGCUCAAAAGAUGGCUCAGCAGUUAAGAGCACUGGCUGUUCUUCCAGAGGUCCUUUUGUUCCAUUCCCAGCAACGACCUGGUGACACCUAACAAUAAUAAGAUCUGGUGCCACUUCUGGCCUGCAGCCAGAAUACUG